CUCUAAAGAGAUCACAAGGAAGUCUUGGUUUAAAAAGAAACAGAAACAUACACAGGGGGUUGGUGAAUGGUGCCGACCGCGGCCAUCGCAGUUGGAGGCUAUUUUUUUGGGGGGGUGAGUAGCGUCCAUGGAGUUACUUUGCGCCCACUCCUAAAGGCACCAGCUCUGGGAUGGAGGGCUGACCGUCUUCCCAGCAGGGGUGCCGGGCUUGGGAACGCCGCGGCUCGGUCGCCUCCCUCGCCACGACCCCGGAUGGAUGCGCGCCCCCCGCCCUCCCGCGCCGGCCCCAGGAGCUCCUGGCUUCGGGAGCAUCCUUCCCGCGCCGGCCCCCGCCGCGGCGCGUAGCCGAGGGCAGCGCCCCUCGGGAGGGCAUCGCGGAGCAAGAUGGAAGAGAAGAGGCGAAAAUACUCCAUUAGCAGUGACAACUCGGAUACCACUGACAGUCACGUGACUUCCACAUCAGCAUCACGAUGUUCCAAACUACCCAGCAGUACCAAGUCGGGCUGGCCCCGGCAGAACGAAAAGAAGCCCUCAGAGGUUUUCCGGACAGACUUGAUCACAGCUAUGAAGAUCCCAGAUUCAUACCAGCUCAGCCCGGAUGACUACUAUAUUCUGGCGGACCCUUGGCGACAAGAAUGGGAGAAAGGUGUGCAGGUACCUGCUGGAGCAGAGGCCAUUCCAGAGCCUGUGGUGAGGAUCCUCCCGCCACUGAAAGGCCCCCCUACACAGGUGUCCCCAGAUAGCCCCACACUUGGUGAGGGCACCCAUCCUGAUUGGCCGGGAGGCAGCCGCUAUGACCUGGAUGAAAUUGAUGCCUACUGGUUGGAACUCCUCAACUCAGAGCUCAAGGAGAUGGAGAGGCCCGAGCUGGAUGAGCUAACGUUAGAGCGUGUUCUAGAAGAGCUAGAGACAUUGUGCCACCAGAAUAUGGCACAGGCCAUUGAGACACAGGAGGGGCUGGGCAUCGAGUAUGAUGAGGACGUUGUCUGUGAUGUGUGCCGCUCCCCUGAAGGCGAGGAUGGCAACGAGAUGGUCUUCUGUGACAAGUGCAAUGUCUGUGUGCACCAGGCAUGCUACGGGAUCCUCAAGGUGCCUACAGGCAGCUGGCUGUGCCGGACAUGUGCCCUGGGAGUUCAGCCCAAGUGCCUGCUCUGCCCAAAGCGAGGAGGAGCCUUGAAGCCUACAAGAAGUGGUACCAAGUGGGUACAUGUCAGCUGUGCCCUGUGGAUUCCUGAGGUCAGCAUUGGCUGUCCAGAGAAGAUGGAGCCCAUUACCAAGAUCUCACAUAUCCCAGCUAGCCGCUGGGCCCUGUCUUGCAGCCUCUGCAAAGAGUGCACAGGCACCUGCAUCCAGUGUUCCAUGCCUUCCUGCAUCACAGCAUUCCAUGUCACAUGCGCCUUUGACCGUGGCCUGGAAAUGCGGACUAUAUUAGCCGACAACGAUGAGGUCAAGUUCAAGUCACUCUGCCAGGAGCACAGCGACGGGGGCCCUCGGAAUGAGCCUUCUUCUGAGCCCGUGGAGCCCAGCCAGGCCAUUGAGGACCUGGAAAAGGUGACCCUGCGCAAGCAGCGGCUGCAGCAGCUAGAAGAGAACUUCUAUGAGCUGGUGGAGCCGGCUGAGGUGGCCGAACGGUUGGACCUGGCGGAAGCUCUGGUGGACUUCAUCUAUCAGUACUGGAAGCUGAAGAGGAGAGCCAAUGCUAACCAGCCACUGCUGACACCCAAGACUGACGAGGUUGACAACUUGGCCCAACAGGAGCAGGAUGUCCUGUAUCGCCGCCUGAAGCUUUUCACCCACCUGCGGCAGGACCUAGAGAGGGUUAGGAACCUGUGCUACAUGGUGACAAGACGUGAGAGAACAAAGCAUACCAUCUGCAAGCUCCAGGAACAGAUUUUCCAUCUGCAGAUGAAGCUUAUGGAGCAAGACCUGUGUCGAGAGCCUUCUGGGAGGAGAGCAAAGGGCAAGAAGAGUGGCUCAAAGAGGCAAGGCCGAGAGGGUCCCAAGGGCAGCAGCCCUGAGAAGAAAGAGAAGAUGAAAGCUGCUCCCGAGUCUGUCCUGGGGCAGCUGGGUCUGUCCACCUCGUUCCCCAUCGACGGCACUUUCUUCAAUAGCUGGCUGGCACAGUCAGUGCAGAUCACAGCAGAAGACAUGGCCAUGAGUGAGUGGUCUUUGAACAGUGGGCACCGGGAGGACCCUGCCCCAGGUCUGCUGUCAGAGGAAUUGCUGCAGGAUGAGGAGACGCUACUCAGCUUCAUGAGGGACCCCUCCUUACGUCCUGGUGACCCUGCCAGGAAGGCCCGAGGCCGCACUCGCCUGCCCGCCAAGAAGAAACCACCCCCGCUUCAGGAUGGGCCCAGUUCACGGACCACUCCAGACAAGCCACCCAAGAAGCCCUGGGCCCAGGAUGCUGGCAGUGGCAAGGGCGUGCAAGGACCACCCACCAGGAAGCCACCACGGAGGACGUCUUCUCAUUUGCCGUCCAGCCCUGCAGCUGGGGACUGUCCUGUUCCAGCAGCAAUGGAAAGCCCCCCACCACUGGCCUCUGAAACCAUGGACGAGACAGCCCUCAUGGCUUCCGACUUGAAUGUCCAAGUGCCUGGCCCUACAGUGAGCCCCAAGCCCUUGGGCAGGCUCCGGCCACCCCGAGAGAUCAAGGUCAGUCGGAAAUCUCCGGGUGCUAGGUCUGACGCUGGGACAGGACUGCCACCUGCUGCGGCCGAGAGGCCAAAGGUCAGCCUACACUUUGACACUGAGGCUGAUGGCUACUUCUCUGAUGAGGAGAUGAGCGACUCUGACAUAGAGGCAGAGGACAGUGGAAUACAACGGGCUUCCAGGGAGGCAGGGGCAGAGGAGGCGGUUCGAAUGGGGGUACUGGCCUCCUAACUCACCAGGGCACUGCCCUGGUCCCCCACAGGGCCUCAGCCCAAUCACAACUGCCAUUUCCAACUGCUGAGUGUCCCAGAUCCCCACUCUGUCGUGGUUUUAUUUUUAAUAUAGAGAGAGUUCUGAAUUCCACUCCGUUGUCUUUCCUCUGUGCUGGCCUAGGACAUUAGGAUCCCUCCCGUGGCCCUGGCCAGGGACUAUGCCAGGUUCUAUGUGCCACCCUGUCCCAGCCCACGCAACAUCGCCGGGCUCCUGGCUUAAUGUAGAUGAGGUGAAGGAGAGCUCAGGGCUCCUGCCCACUGCCACUGGGUGACACAGACUGUCAUUUGGGCAUUAUUUCAUGGCAGAUGGGCCAUCCCUGGGCCUACCCCACCUUGUCCUCCCAGAUUGCACUGGGGUUUUUUGGGGGGUAGGGAGUGUACUGCUACACUCCACUGAUCCCUAAGGAAGUAUAAGGAGUGAUACCCAGCCAGUCUAUUCACUGUCACAAGCACAAUGAGUUUAUAUGAGAAAGCACUGAGGGGGUGCAGGGGGGCUGCCAGCUCCUGAAUAGCCCACAACAUCUUAGGCCUGCCCGCCCACCCGCAACCCCCCCCCUCCCUUGCUGCUCUGUCCCUGCCAGUGCCCAGCCCAAGCAGCUCUGGGAAGUGAUUCCUACAAUCCUUCCUAAGCUGUGCUAUUUACUCAGGGGACUCCCCAAACAGCCAACCAUCUGUACAGGUGGAAGGCUCCAAGGGAGGGCCAGUGCCCAGGCCGGGGCUUGGGGCUCAGAUCAGCCCAUUGCAGAGAAUCACUCUGGGGCUUCAACUUCCUUUCUUCCUUUGGGGCCAGUCUUGGCCACAAUCUGCUCUCUCCAUGUGGAGCUGGCCAGACCAGACCGUUUGCCUUUUGAAGUUUCCUAGUCCUGCUAAGAGAUGAGCUUCCUCAUUGGUUUCCUUCUGGAAACAUCCUUCCAACAAGUGUAGUGGGAUCCCGGGGCCCAGGGCAGGCCAGUGUUGGCCUGCUGGGGCAGGUUGAAGUAUUGCUGGAUCUUCCUAUGUUCCCUUGACGCCUUAACCCCAUUUCCUUCCCUGCUGUAUCCCCUUUCCUACUCCUCUUCAAUCCCCCUCCUCCAAGUCCCUAAGUAGUUCUGAAAAGUUUUGAUGGAGUGGCCCCAGGGUGAUAGCUCAGGGAACAAAGGAAUUCCGUGAAAACAUUUGUGUUUUUUGUUUUUGUUUUUGUUUUUCUUUUACGAAUUACUCUUGGGUCACUUCCACCACUGGUAAAGCCAGAACUUCUCCAACCAGAACCUUGCAAAAGUCCAGUGAACCAGUCGAAUCAUCCUGAGAAUGCCAAAGAAUAUUUUGACCAUAAUAUACAGCACAGCCCGGACCUGACAACUGUCAACUUGAAUUUCCGUUUCAAAGGAGUUGGUUAGCAACAGUUCCAAGACUCGGUUAUUGCACACACCUACAGAGAAAGGGCCCAAGGCCUCGGCUGCCCUCACCGCCGCCGCUGCCAUUACCGCUGCUGCUGCUGCUACUGUUGGUUUACGGUCCUUGGGCUGGGCUGCUGUGAGUAUGGUCCUAAACUGUGAGGACUCCCCCCUUUGGGGGGAGAAUCCUGAUUAUGAGUCCAGCGUGGUUACCCCAGCGCCACCACACAGAUACACAAAGAGCAAAUAUACAGGAUCUUCACCCUCCUCGACUCCAAAACUAUCAAGGUACGACAGUGAGUUUGAGCAAAAUCCGAGACAAAGAUAAUGACUUCAGUUUGGUGGAUUGGACAAACAUGUCUAAUUCAAAUGGACUCCGAGGGCAUGGGGUGGACUCCAAGGAUCCUGGGCUUCCGGAUGGCAUCGGCUACCACGUAGACUUAGUCUGCCUGCCCGUCUUGGUAGUAGUGACAACCGCCGUGUCAGUGUCAGCAUCCCUACCCCAGUCUCUUGUUUACUGCCUUUGAACAGACCUUCCUUACCCCUGUGCUUUGGGUCACUUCGGGUCGCAACCUUGUCUGCUGGAUUGCCUGGUGGUCUGACCUGUGGGACACAAAGGGCAUGGGGGGCUUAAAGAACAACCAAAUGCUGCAGGGCAAGGCAGGGAAUGGCCUCGACCACUCUGUUCCACCCCGGGGCAGGGGCUGGGCUCUGUGGCUAGACAUUAGCGAUGAGCGGAGUGAAUCUGACCCCUUUUUCUGGUCCACUGGCACUCUUCCCUCCCCCGCCCCCCCCCCCAGAGUGUCAACUGGCUAAGCAAGUGAGGCGCUUCAGAGGGCCUCUGGGUUCUGGGCCUCUGGGCAGUUGGCACCUGCUUUGAACUCGGCUGUAUCCACUAGGUCCUGUCUGCCUCGAAGCCCUGUUGUCUGUUACUAUGGCUGGUUAGCAGGCCCCUUCACUAGGCAAGCCCCAUGGCAGUCUUUAUCGGGCAGCUAGCUGUCUCUUCUAAGAUGUUCAUCAGUCUACAGGGAGGACGAAGAAACCCCAUUAGCCUCUCCCAGGGCACUGUCCAUGUUGUAGAUGGCACCCUUUCCAGACCAGAGGCAGUUCUGUUGCCCACUUCCACUACCCCUCCUUAGGGAGGCAGAAAGGACUCUGUAACUCAGUCUGACUAUGGUACCCUUCCCAUCAACCCUGGCUGCCUUCCACCUCAUUCCCUCUCAUCACAAGACACAGGCUAAUGUGCAAGGAAAGUAUUUUUGUGUAUCAUUAAGUGUAUUUUGAAACAAGUAAAGAGAAGAAAGAGGGAAUGCUCGUUUACUUUAUUAACUGGGCUCUGACUUUGUAAAUGGUGUGAGAGUCUUUGUGAUGUAAGGACCACACGUUCAUUGGAGAAACCAGCCACCCAGGUUCCUGGGCAUCGGUAUUGGACUCUGUGUGUGUGUGUGUGUGUGUGUGUGUGUGUGUGUGUGUGUGUGUGUGUGUGUACAGCACAUUGCUGUGCACAUAUGUGUGCAUGUGUGCAUGCAUGGACACCCUGUGGGACUUGCUAAGAUUUCUAAAGAGUCAACUGCCUGAUUCUACAGGAAUGUUGGGAACAGGUUAGACUUGGGGUUUCCUUGCCAUUGCCACAUAUGGCCCACCUAUGCCCAUGCCUGAAGCUCUGUGGAACCAUGUGUGAUCUCUGUAGUAAGGUCCUUGAGGCAACUUUCCCAUGCCCUUGGCCUAGCUGGCCACAUUGGCCCAAGAGCCAGAGGUGUUGGAGUCGGGGACCCUUGGUUGUUCUUUAAGACUCUUCCUGCCGCCUUCCCUCGAGGAUGCACACUUGUGCUCCAUCCAAAUCAUUUGGGGGUGGCGGUGGGGAGGGUGAUUUGAAUGUCACAGAAGGAGACACCCUUCUGUCUUUGUUUCAAAGAAAGUGAUGUGCCAUUUGUUAAUAUACAAGAGAAAUAUUGAAAAUAUAUUGAAAAGAGCAAUUUUAAAUUAUUUUUGGCUUAUGUUGCAAUAUUUAUUUUCUUGUAUUAGAGAAGAUUCCUUUGUAGAGAAAAAUGUAUUUUUCAUUACGCAAAGACCUAUUUCUCCUUUUUGUACAUUGUCCUUGUUCGCAGCCCUUAACAAGCAAUAGAAUGUCCGGUCACCCCCACGUGGCCAGUGCCCACUGUACCCUGCAUGAUUGUGUUGCUGCUGCUGCUGCUGCUGCAUAGUUUCCAGCCCUGUCCUGUCCUGCUCACUCACUGGGGCUUCUGGAUUGUGACCCUGCCAGGGCCUAUGUCUAAGGAGCCCUUUGCACUCCUGUGUGUUGGAAAUUCAGUUAAUAAAGCGAUGUUUUCUGUG